UAUACAAUACAAUUCAAUAGAUUACAAUAUAAUACAGUUUUACAUUGUUUAUUUGCUUGAUAUUGAAUUCAAUGAAAGAAUAAACAAUAGUUAUCUUUAUAUGAUUCUUUUAUAUAUCGAAAAGUGUGAUUUAUAUGAUUGUUAUAUGUUAUAUUGUGAAAAUAAAAGAAUAAGUUUAUCUAUCUAUCUACACCAACACUUGAAAGAAAAUGGUCUCCAACUAUGAUCGAUAUUCCAAUUGUACAUCUCCAACCUUAAAUAAAACAGACUAUGCAUCACAUUCUAAUCGAUUAAAUUUAUAUGUAGAUAAUAAACCUGUUACACCUUGGAUACGUGGAGAAGUUAUUCAUGAGGGAAUGUUACCCGUUGAUAAGGGUUAUGUACAAAAAAAUAUAUUUGGUCGACGUUACUAUGGAAACAAUAAUAUGAAAUUUUAUCAUUCUGGCAAUACUGGAACUGGUGGUGGUGGUGGCGGCGGCGGUGUUGGUACUAAUGAUGGAGGUGGUGGUGGUGGUGGUGGUGGUAACGUUUACAAUUAUUAUGGUCGUAAACGUGGUCGAACAUACAAUCGACAUUAUUAUCAUGAAGGUCAACGAGCUUAUAAUAAUAAUAAUAAUCAUAGAUCAAGAUAUCCAUUUACUUGUUCACCUACUGUAUAUCCACUUUCACGUAGUCAAUCUAGUUACAAUAUUGACUCCGAUAUAAAUAAUAAUAAUAGUGAUGAUUAUCAUUAUGAUUAUAAGAAUCAUGGAAGAGUUCAUCGUUAUUCCAAUUGUAGUUAUACAAUGAAUAAUGAUCAAUUAACAGAUGAAUAUAUUGAUGAUUGUUUAUCUACAGAUAUUGAACAAUAUCAAUUAAAAUUCGAUAUAAAUAAUCAAUAUAUUCAUCAUAAUUAUCAAUCUAAACAUUUAACAAUAACCAAUAAUAAUGUGAAUAAUAUUGAUGAUUGGACUAAAGUCAAAACAUCAUCACCAUCAUCCUCCACAUCAUCAUCAUCACCAUCAACAGAUUCUGAUUUUGUAUCCAAUGAUAUCAGUCAACCAUCAUCAUCAUCAUCGUCGUCGUCGUCGCCGUCAACAUCAUCAUCACCGUCGUCAACAUCAUCAUCAUCAUCAUCGUCAAAUCAUCAAAUAAUCAAUAAUCAUUUAUAUAAUGAAUCUAAACAAUUACAACAUAAAUGUAAAAGUUCUUUAAAUUUAUCAACUUCAUGUAUAAUUGUAUAUGAUACAAAUAAUAAUGAAGAUUAUAUUGAUGUAAAUCAUCAUAUUCAUGAUAAUGUAGAAAAUCAAAGAGAAUCCAUGGAAUAUGAUAAUGAUCAGAAAGAUUGUAAAUCUGGAAAUAUGAAUGACUAUCUUACUCUUGUUUGGGGUGAUCUACCUGAAACGUUGGAAAAUAGUUAGAUAUGAAGAUUGAAUUAUUCAAUGGUUGUGAGAUCUUCUUCAACAUUAUCUUCUUCUUCUUCUUCUACUUCUUCUUCUUCCUGAUAAACAAUCAACAACAACAAAAAAAUGUCCCACAUUAAUAUACAAUACAGUUUUUGUAUUAAUGUCAAAAUUCGUUUCUUCUUCAAUUGACUAGUUCAAAGAAUGUAUCCAAUUCUUUGUAUUCAAUCCAACUUCAAUGAAACACAUACAUAUCAUAAAAACAAAUACUAAUAGUUGAGAUGAUAAUUUUUUCGAAGUUUCGUUCAAUGAUACCUAUUUACUUACUUACACCUGUUACUCCUCGUGAAGGAGUAUAGAUCGCCCAUCCAGUACUCAUCAUCAUCAUCAUCAUCAGCAGCAGCAGCAGCAACAUCUAACCUUAUCCUGGGCAAUCUUCUUUAAAUCAUACUUGGUACUUUGUUUUGAUUUAUAAAAGAAUUCAAGAUCAACAAUUUCAUCGUUACUACUAUACAAUGUACAACCUUUGAUACUUUGAUUUUUCGAAGAUUUUGCAUUUUUGUUUUCUACACAUAACUAUUGAUAUUUUCUUUCAUUAUUUAUUUAUAUUUCAGUUUAUGCUUUCACUGUUUUAUUAACAGUGAUUUCAUAUGUUAUUAACAAGGGUUUUUUCCAUAUAUGAUGAAUUGUUGUAUAAUUACAUAACAAACUACUUAUAAACUACUUAUAUACUAUCGAAUAUAAGUUUAUAUGUAUAUCAUGUGUCUGUGAGAUCAAUUUUCAGUAUUUCACCCUCCCCCUCACAUCUCCUCACCUUCAUCAAUGUAAUAAAUCGUUGAAAGGAUUUCGUCGAAUAAGUAUGAAUUUCUUCAGAUGUUUAUUGUUUGUUUUAUGUUUAUUAAAGUGUGCAAAUAUUAACAUUAUCAUCAAUGUAAUCAUUACCUAAUAACUUAUGUGUUAAACUAAUACUAACUGAAGAAAGUUACCAAAUU